AUGGAGGCGGCGCGCGCUACCACGACCACGACGGCAACGGCGGGCUGUCCAAGAGCGGAACCGCACUCGUACUUCGGCCGGAUACUGCCGGAGGAGCGCGCGGAAGCGCCUGCGAGCUUUUCUGUCCACGCCUUUCUUGGGUUUCUUCGGCGGAGGAGGCCCGCGGCUCCGCGCCGGGUGCCGUUCAGGUGGGAGUUCACUCCGCCCGUCGACGCUGCUGCUGCGGCGUCAGCGGCGCCGUACAGGAACGGCGGCUUCGGCGCUGUCCCGGCGUCGGGCAGGGCCAUUGACGCGCUGCCGGAGACUACGGCCGGCGAGGCGAGGGAGAAGGAGUGCUCGGUGUGCAUGGAGGUGUUCGGGGAGGAGGGGGAGAGGCUGAGGAGCAUGCCGUGCUUGCACGCUUUCCACGGAGUCUGCAUCUCCGACUGGCUCCGCGUCAGCCGUCUCUGCCCGCUCUGCCGCUACGCGCUGCCCAGCCAAAAAGACGAUGAACGUAUGCUGCGUUAG